AUGUGUACUUUUCCUUCAGAGGAAUCGCCAAAUGAAGGGACAAGAUUUUUCUCGAGCGGACUUCAUGUGCCCCUUUUUUUCGUUGGAGGCAAGCGUCCAGUUGGCCUUCCUGACAUUAAUCGUGGGAAAGAACUCAAGCAAGGAAUGCCCCCUUCUUUUGUUUCUCUCUUUGAUCCAGUCACAAACACUCCUUUUUAUUCAGCCUACAAAGUUUUACCCGGGCAGGCAAAGAACAUUGGCAAGCAUAAGAGACCCAAAAAUACACAUUGGAAGAAUCCUCCAGGUACGUAAAUGGCUAUUUGACAACUAUUUAUUACAAGACCGAUUGGAGCACAAUCAAUCCAUAAAACAAAUACAGAGGCUGGGAGUAUACCCUGUGUUACUUAAAAACACGCAACGUCAUUAAAGAAGUGGGGAAAGCCAUUAUAUUGCUUCUUCCUAUUUUUUUUUCCGCAAAACAACCCUUGUUUUGCACAGAAUCUCUAUGUUUUCAAGAGAAACGAAAGUGCAGUUAGAAUGCUUCAUACUCCCGUAAUUUCAGAAAAGAGAUAAAAAAGCGACAUGCUUCCCUGGAAUGUUCAAAGAUCGAACCUAUGUAACUAGUAAUUUUAUCAUCUUGGGAAAGACAAAAAAUUACCAUUAUCGUCAUCGUAUUCAAAAGAAUAUGAUUUGAUAAUUUAAAAGUGAGAAGUUAUCUGUAUUCAUGGAAGAAUGUGGCUUAUGAUUAUAGGUGUUCGUGGUGUCAAUAAUGCUUAUAUGCUAGCCAACGCAGAAGCUCAAAGAAAGUUCAAGGGUCAACAAAUUGCCAGAGGCCAUAUGAACCCCAGCGCUAUCAAUUCCUUUGACACAAGAUUCAUGAAAGCUACUUUCACUUUUACGAAUGCUGUACCUCAGUUUAAGACAUCAAACAGCGGACCUUGGCAGUUUUUUGAGAGAAAGAUAAGAAUUUAUGCCAAAACUACCUGUGGGAGUCAAACCCGCCAAGGAACCCUUUACCUACUGACAGGCAGAUCCGAAAAUGGCCUCAAGGGCGUAACGAAGCCGUCCAUUACCAAUACAUUUAAAGUGGCAACUAAAACAAUACGCCUUGAUACUCCUCAAGCUGUUUGGACGGCGGGAUGUUGUGUGUGGAAGGUGACCGGAAGGCCAAGAGCAGAGUCCUUUGCAGUGAUGAGCAACAAUCAUUAUGAUAAAACCAAGCUACAUCAAACACAAAUGAGAGUAACUGACCUGGAGAUGUACUUGACGGCAGCAACGAAAGUAAAGUUGUUUCCAGGAUAUCCAGAUUGUGCUAAAAACUACCAUCCCCUACCAUAAUAAUUCGUCCAGAAAUAAAUAAUGAGAACAGGCUCUAACAAUCUAAAGAAAUUGUUCUAGAGACCGUCAUAAAAACAAAACCAAAAAAUUCGUUCCU